CCAUCAGUCCACCAGUAGAUGGCUUUUUUCUAGCCCAUGAACCAAGCUGGAUUAAUUCUGUCUGCCCCCUUUCGUGAUAUGUUCAUAUUACAUUCCAAUGAACAACAAAACGCACAUGUAGUGACUGAUUCUCCUAUAAACAUACGGUUCGAUUCGGUCAACCAGUUUAUCACCAGCGCUUUUAAAUUUACUCUACCAAUCCGAACGUUUCUUUCUGCCGUAUGCAUCCAAUAGGGGUCUCUCUCCUAAGAUGGUCACUGAUGCCAUAAAAGAAAUUGGUCUCAGCCAGCGAUAGUGUCCUCUUGCUCGAGCUAGUAGCGGUGCGAUAGAGAAGAGCAAACAUGUCGGAAUUUCUGGAAGACCCGUCCGUGCUCACCAAAGAUAAGCUCAAAAGUGCAUUACUGGCCCAUAGUGUGGCUCUGCCAAACGGCGACCAGAAGAAGGACGUGUACGUGCAGCUGUACUUGAAGAAUCUGACCGCGCAAAACAAAAAGAGCAGCGACUCUCCAGAUGUCUUCUCCAGCGACGAGGAACUGCCUCCAGCUCCCGUGAUAUCCAACAAGAGCCGCUCCGGCAGGAAAGCCACCAGGAAAACAGACAAAGUUCGUCCAGAGGAUAUUGAUGUCACUGAAUUGAGCAAUGAGGGUUUGAAAGACCUUUUACUGAAGUAUGGUUCGAAUGCUGGACCCAUUGUUGCAUCCACUCGUAAAGUCUAUGAGAAAAAACUUCAGAAAUUGUUGGAUCAGGGCCCUCCUGAAGCAGUGGCCCCAACCUCAGACUUAACACAGAUAGACGGCAACCAGAAUGGCAACACAGACUCAGACCAAUACAGUGACAAGGACGAAGAAGCACCAGCCCCUGUGUCUGUGCCCGAACCAGAAGUGGAUGCAGAACCCAUUCCAGUUGUGGAGAGGCUAGUCAGGAGCAGGGGGAAAACGCCAGUGACCACCAGAACACGCAGUAGCCAGCACAACAGGGUCGAAAAGGUUUCUGCUAUUGACCAGACCCCAAGGACGGUAGAGAGAGACGUUCUUAAAGAGAUCUUUCCCAACGAAAACCUCAACACUCCUACAGGAAUCAGUGCCACCUGUCGGCGACCAAUCAGAGGAGCAGCUGGCCGGCCUGUAGUUGAUACAAAGCUAGACGAAUCCCGUUUCCAUCUUGCAGAGCUCAGAGAAACCAGCACCUCCUACACAGAGACCCGGUCUGUUCCACGGGUGGCCGCUGUACCUCUAACCGCCUACAAGCCUCUGGCGCCCCCUGCUCUGAAGACCAGAGCACGGUGUGGCCUGCCAGUGUGGGUGCAGCUUCUGCUGCUCAGUGCAGUCGCUGGAUUCCUGUUCUUUGUCUACCAGGCCAUGGAGACUAAUGAGGUUGGACUCUUCAAGCAAAGUGGAGCAGAUGAUAGCACCAGCAAGUGAAUGUUAUACAAAUCAUCCCAGAUUUUGCCCACCCCCCCAUUUCUCUCUCUCUCUCACUGUCAUACUCAGCCAGUACGACACUUCGCUGGCUCGGCAGCCAUUACAAUCAUGGACCUUUACCUGCAUUCUUUGUAGAUUCAUAAAGGACAGCAAUGCUUUUGCAUCAUGUUCUCUGUUCGUACCCUCUGCCAACGGAAUCGGUUUAGAGGAAGGAAACAUGGUUUUAAUAUUAAGAGAAAGGAACCUCUUAGAGUCAUGAACAUGUUUUUUCUUGCCUUUGCAUGUUGAGUGAGUGAGUGUGUUUGUGAAUGUGUUUGAUUUCAUUUGUACUUUAUUUUACUAAUUAAUGUUGGUGCUGUCAAUGAGUGGGAGUCAAAGUGUUGAAGGAGACUUGGCUAUUUACCUUUUGUUUUCUUUAACAUAAUUUAGUGUCUACUUGUGACAAAUAUGUGCAUUUAUUUUCACAUGUAGCUCUUAAAAGAUGCCGUAUUCAUCUUAACAUUGAUGCUACUUGUAGUAUUUAUGUAUCUGUUGUUGAAAUACAAAUAUUUCCAAUAAAUUGUAUAUGCAAUGUA